AUGCUUCGUCUGGGACACUUCUUCUUUCUCCUGAUCCUUACCAUUUCGGUGCUUUCCAUCCCGACCAGCUACUCGAAGAGCAAAAUGCUCAAUAACAUCUUCAAGCAGAUCCACAACAAGUAUGUUCCACUUUCCAUCCGUCGUGAGCCGGAAGUGAUGCGAUGCCAUUUACCUAUUUUUCUUUGUUUUUCAGAAAGGCUGUCAACGACGCUUUUCCAUACGAGACCUACGGAUUCGGCGACGUGGGCUACGGGCUCGGCGACGAGCAGAACUACUUUGUCAUCGUCUGA